AUUGAGGAUGUGAAUGAUGUACCGACUGGAGUGACAUCGUCAUCUCAUAUUGUUAGUUCGGCAACUCCACAAGGGCAGAACUUUGCUGUUUUAACCUGCAUGGAUGAAGACAUAAACAAUGUACACACAUUUACAUUAAUUGAUGACUCUGGUGGGAGAUUCACCAUCUUUCAAAACCAUCUUCAGGUUGCCCAACCAUUGGAUGUAUCAGUCACUCACACACGAACAAUAAUCGUCAAGUGUUCGGAUGGGAUGGCGGAGUCUCUCCCUAUUCAAAUUGACAUACAAGUGACAGCAUCUAUAGGGAAUGCAGAUAUUGAUAUCAGUCUUAAUGCACAUACAGUGGAUGAAAAUAAACCUGCAAACACAUUUGUGGGAUUAUUCACAGCCAGAAGCAAUGCAUACCCGAGUGAUAGCUUCACCUUUGACCUUUUAGACAGUGAUAAUGGCGCUUUUGUCCUGCAACUAGUCGGUAGCUCAUCAGCUAAUUUAUUGACCAAUCGACUGCUGAAUUAUGAAGACGAGGCAUCACACAGUAUAACAGUGCAGGCAAAUGGACAACAUGGAAUGGCUGUCAAAACUUUUAUGGUCACUGUCACUGAUGUAAACGAACCACCAACUUAUCUUUCUCUGCAUAAUACUGUUGUACAAGAAAACAUCAACAACGCACUGGUUGGCAUAGUUACGGCACAAGACCCAGAAGGAGAUGCUAUAGAUUUUGAAAUUACGCAAGAUCCAACUGGUUCAUUCCAGCUGCUGACCACAGGUACACCUAACACCAAGAGAUUGGUGACCACCCGUGCUCUGGACUACGAAUCAGAACUCAGCCUUACUGUAGCAAUCAGAGCAAAAGAAAUUCUAGAUGACACCAAGACAUCGGAAUCUGUUGUGUUUGCAGUGAAUGUUAUUGACGUAAACGAAGCACCAAAUAUGAUCCGUUUGGAUCGAAACACUAUCUCCGAAACUGCGACUAGCGGAGAUAUCGUUGGACCUUUGAUGAUCACUGACCCAGAUAGUGCACAUUAUUUACAACAUUUUACAUGUAUUUUGAGAGACGAUGCUAAUGGUAUAUUUGGAAUGAAUGGCUUGAAUUUAGUGGUCGCUGACCAUGCUGUGUUGGAUUAUGAAGGUGUUGCUAAUCACGAGUUAACAGUGGAUGUUGAAUGUCAAGAUCAAAGAAAACUCUCUCAUAAGGAGACCUUAACUGUCAUUGUCACUGAUGUCAAUGAGAGGCCGACAGACAUCAAGUCCGCAUCUGGAUUAUUUAAAGUCAAAGAAAACCAAAAUGUUGGUGAGGUUGUUGCAUACCUAAUUACAGAAGACCCUGACAACACCCAUCAAGACUCAUUUACAUACACUGUGAGUCCCAUGGAUUCUAUGGCUAUUAUGAGUGAUCAACUGAUAACACACCGGCAGUUGAACUUUGAGGAGAAAUCAACGCAUGAAGUGACAUUGACAGUAACCGAUGAAGGUGGUCUCACUCUCACUAAGGUUGUAACAGUAGAAGUAGUGGAUACCAAUGAUCCACCUACAGCCAUUGUAAUACCAACAGGCACAGCUGUCUAUGAAAAUUCACCGACUGACACCCUGGUAGCAGAACUGGCAACAAUUGAUGAAGAUAUUGGACAGAGUUAUACAUACACAUUGGAAUCUCACCAGCCGAGGGGAUCGCUGAAACUUGUGGAUGGAAAUAAGUUAAUGAUUGAUGAUGGUAGUAUUGUUAAUUACGAAACUGUACAGUUUUUGGAGGCUACCAUAAUAACAACUGAUAAUGGGACUCCGUCGCCGUUAAAUUUUGUAGAGACAUUACAGAUACCGAUUCUGGAUGUUAAUGAGCCACCACGUUCAAUGACGUUGGCGUCUAACAAGGUCGUUGAGAAUCCAGUGGAUAGGGCUUUGGUUGGUGAAAUUUACGUUGAUGAUCCAGAUAGUUUUCAGCAAUCGUUUAUGUGUGGGUUGACAUCGGAUGAAGGCAAUCGCUUUGAAUUGGAACAUAAUGGUUCAACCAUUCGACUUUUAGUCGGUAAUGGACUCCUGUUUGAUUAUGAAGCGGCAACGUAUCACGAUAUCAUUAUUGACUGUCAUGAUACGGACCAUCAAUCACCAGUUAGCGGGUCUUUUCGUAUACUCAUUUUAAAUGCUAAUGACAAACCAUCUGGGGUUUUCGUAAUUGACGCUGAUCCAGACGAUACCACGAUAGACCCUAACCGGCCUGAAGAGGAUGAGGAUAUUUUUGGAAAUGUUGUGACCGCUUCCAUAGCCACGGUGAAAGAAGACGCUUCUCCCGGUCUUGGCAUUGUUGCGUAUGUUUUCGUAACUGAUGAAGAUAAUCUGAAUGAUGAUUCGCAAAGACAAACUCAUUCCUGUGAAUUAAUUUCAGAAUGGGAAUAUAAUAACUCUACAGCUGAAGACCAACUGAGUGAACGAAGACGAAGAAGACGUCAGAUCAGUAACACUGAACAGCCACCAUCAAUGGGCAGUGAUGAGAUCCCAACCCAGUUUAUGAUCCAGUCUGGCACCAAUAGCAUCGUGGUCAGGGAAGUGCUGGACUAUGAAGAAAACAAUGAGUAUUUGAUUUAUUUGAGAUGCCGUGAUAAUGGCAAUCCAUCAAUGUCUGUUGUAAGUUCAGUGAAGAUUAUAGUACUUGAUGUCGAUGAAGCACCCUUGGAUAUUGGAUUAUCGACUCUGACAAUGUUGGAAAACAGUCCUGAAGACACACUCGUAGCUCAUAUCGGUUUGGUGGAUCCUGAUGGUACCAUGACAGCUCAUGCCUAUGAAAUCAUAUCACUUGGCGUGCCAUAUUACAUCAAAGACAAGGAAUUAAGAGUUUCCCGGACGCCAAUUGACCAUGAAAUCACUCCAGUGUGGACAGUUCAGAUCAGAGUCCAGGAAGUCAACACAGAUUUAGAAAUUGUGAAAAAUUUUGAUAUUACCAUUGAUAAUGUAAAUGAACCACCGGACUCGCUAAUCAUUAAUGGUGACACCUCUGUUGUUGUUAUGGAAACGGCAGAUGUAAACUCAGAGGUUGGAACAUUAGAAUCCCACGAUCCCGAUGAGCUGGAUACUGAGUUCGGUUUUGCAUUCUACGGUGACCACCCUUCUCAUGAUUAUUUUAAUAUUAUUGAUGAUAAAUUAUUAAUAAAGCAGCAACUUGAUGCCUGGGAAAUGGACAUGCACGAAUUAACGAUUGAAGUCACAGACAGUGGUGGAUUGUCAUAUAUUGGAAAAAUCACUCUCCGAUUAACUGCUGUCAACAGAUGUAAUGAAAGUGAUUAUUGCAGUGUGUAUGCACAGUGUAUCCAUAGUGUAUGUACUUGCAUGCCUGGAUUCAUGGGUAAUGGUUUCACAUGUACUGACAUCGAUAAUUGCGAUCCAAAUCCUUGUCAUCCAGACAACACUAUUGGUGACUGCCAAGAUGGUUUUGGAGGUCUUAGGAAUUUCACUUGUAAUUGCAAAAUGGGAUGGUUAGGUCCAGACUGUUACAGAGAAGUCAACGACUGUUUUAAUAACUCUUGUAACUCACUGGGAACCUCAAAGUGUGUGGAUAAACUAAAUGACUAUGUAUGCGAAUGUAAAUCCGGAUACACUGGUCAAUAUUGUGAAGUCAAUAUUGAUGACUGUCUGACUAAUGAGUGUUUAAAUGGUGGUCAAUGUAUUGAUGGUAUUAAUGGGUAUAUAUGUGAUUGCAAAGAACCUUAUCAAGGUAUUAACUGUGACACAGAUGCCAGUAUAUGUUAUGAUGUCAGUUGUCCACACAAUGGUACAUGCAUACCAUACUCACAUGGCAAGAACUAUGCAUGCAGAUGUCUGGAACCCUUCUCACCUGAUUGUGAGGGUUGCAUGUAUGGCUAUGGAGGAGACAACUGUCAGCCCU